AUGGAAAAUUCUUGGCAGAGCAAAUGUGGUUUGGUGUGGCAACAAUCAUCGAUGCCUCCUCCGCCUCCUCUGGAAGCUUCAUCAUCGCACGAGUUUCAGAAUCAGCAAGAACAGUUUUUGACUGCAAAGCAUCUUUCUUGUUUGCAACUUCCACAAGAAUCAAUGCCAUUGGCCCGCGAAAUGAUUCAAGAACCUAUAUUUUCGAAUUCAUCAAGUUUCUACAAACCAGGCAACGCUGAGCUUGGAACUCCGUAUUUAUCUCUUCUUUCUGGGCCAUCAUCGUUUUUGCCUUGUGAUUUGCAGCGGUUAUCACAUCCAAAGCUUGUUGUCAAUUCCAGUCAAGUUCCUACAAAUAGGUCUGCCGCUGGCUCUGCUAUGGGAAGUAGAGUUUCACUUCUUCCUAGUUGGUUGUGGCUGCAAAAUAUGGACAGCCAGAAUGUGAAAUCUGGGGCAGAUUUCUGCCCGGUUAUUUCAUCCAGUGCUAUGGUAAGUUCGAACCAUGACAAUAGUUCUGGUCUAAAGUUACUUCAGGCUGCAGAAUUAAAUCUUUGGAAAUCAGAACUUGCUAGGGUAGUAGUGUGUGAAAAUCCCCAUGAGACUGAUUUGGUAAAGGGUGGUUCUUCUUUGAUGGGGGUAGAUAAUCCUGGCUCAACCUCUGCUAACGUUUCGAAGCUCCAAAAUGGUGCUAAUGUUGUAGCAUCACAAAAAGUUCCUCUAGAAAUUGAUUUUUCUGGUUGCAGUCAGACACCUAAUCUUCCAAGUGGCUGUCCUCGCGUAUUUUGUUCGGGCACAAGUGGAGAUUUACUUCUUAGCGAUACUGGACUUCUUGGCGUUGUUUGCUCGUGCCAUGGAUUUUAUAUGUCUAUCUCUAAAUUCUCAGAGCAUUCUGGCUUAUACAAUGUUAAUCCCGCGAACACUGUUUGUAUGGACAAUGGAGAUACUAUAGCACACUGGCGGACGUCCUACUUUUCAAAAGUUGGGAUUAGGAUACCAGAGGAUCACAAAGGUUGGGAUUGGCCUGAAGGAUUUUCAGCAGCUCCUGCUUUGACGAAUCAUUUUACAUCUAAUAUACCAAACAACACCGGCUUCUUCAAUGAAGUUUGUCCGGUGGGGACUUCAGGAGGCUCUGGGCAGCCACAACGCCAUGUUACAUAUUUGAAGGAUCGGCACAGUGGUAAAAAAAUGGUUGAUGGGUUUCAAUACAAUGGAAAACAAGGAAAUUCUCAGGAAUAUAAUAGUUCUCUUUUCAAGGGUUUCAUUGACACAUCUCAAAGCAAUUUGCAUCCUGAAGAUAUAAUGUGCACAUCAAAUUCAGUUGGCACAAGAGGUCCAGACAAAGCUUCUGAGCCCUCUACAGCUAAACUUGAUUCAAUCUUAAAGAGUGCAAGCCCAUUUUAUGCUCUUCCUAAUUUUCAAUACGUAAAAUGCUCUGGUAAGGGUUCUGAUGUCAGUAGGAAUAUUAGUGCCCUCAGGGAGGGGCUGUCAGUUCCUUCUAAUAUUGAGUUGAGACUUGGCCAACUGCCAAAGCAUAGUCAAACAUUGGGAAGUUCAGCUCCACUAGACUUUGGACUUCAUUUGAUGGGCACACAAUCAGGGCCCCGGAAAUCAUUCUUUUCGGACCAGCUUCUGCACAAAAGUCUUUUAAAUGGCAGCUACAGGGUAUCAGAAGGAGUUAAGCAAACUCAUCAGAUUGCAGAUAUCACUUCUAAUACUAGCGAAAGGAGAGAAACUGUCCAGUUGAACCAUGUACCAGGAGCCUAUAAUGCAUUUGUUGAUCAUCGGAUAGAUUCAUAUAAUGGUGGUGUUGGAAGGGGUGGUUCGGUAAUUCACCCAUUGCUUUCAUGCUUUAAAAAUUCAGAGGCAGAAGUACAGUUCAGAAAAGUUAAUGAUAUAGCCAAUAGUAGUCAUGAUGUCACCGAGAAACCACAUAGUGAACCGCAUGCUUCCAAAUGUGACCCACAUUGUUUUCCUUGGAGUAGAGUUGCAGGAAAUAUCAUGGAAUCUGAUGAUACUAUGCUAAAUGCACAGAAGCAUGUGAGCAAAGGAAAAGGAGCCGAAUGUGCUGUCAACAACUUACCUGCUGCAGCUGAAUUAAAUUUUGGACUCCACAAGCCAUUUAAGGAAAGUCUAAGCAGCUUUAAUGUUGUUCCGGUCAAGAGUGAUAUCACCUUUUCAGCCUUUCAUGAGAAAAGCCCUACUGUGUCUCCGAGGUCUUCUGUGAUUAAUAAUGAACCUAAUGCUACAGACACGUUAAACAAUUCCUGGAAGAUUUCCCCCCUCUCUCAUACUGGACAUUCUGCACUUGGUUAUCCUAGAUCAAUCAAUAAUACCACGCUUUCCUCGACAAGUUCGGUUUGUGUUGAAAGUACAACCCCAGCAUUGUCAAAGAAAAAGUUUAGUGGAGUAAACCCUGGUAUACUGGAUGAGAAUAUGAAAAUGCUUUCAGUGCAGUACAUGUUGGAGUCACCAAAUAGACAUGCUGCUGCUUCUGUUAGAAAUCUUCGAGAGCCAGAGAUGCUCAAUAAACCUUUUGCAAAACCACACGUGACUGUUGGCCAGACGAUAUCAAAAGAUCAUAUGCAGGUACUCAAGGGUUCAAGUGUGCCAAAAAUGUCUGAAGCUGUACUGAAAUCUACCUUAUCUGAUGCUACUUGUUGGAGAGGUCUUAAUAAUGAAAAAUUAGCUCUUCCGACAGAAGGAACUUCUUUUCAUACUGAAGCUGGUGGAGUUCCAUGCCGAUGCUCUUGCAAUCUUCAUCCUAUGGAGAAGCUUUUCUUAAGAUUUGGAGGAAAUAAAAGAAACAUUACUUCAAGUGAGGAAGAGGUACUCUUUCAAGGGUUACCAUAUGUCUAUGUCCCAGAGAAGUGCAGAUGUGCUGUUCAUUCGCACUGUUUGGCCGGAAAAUAUGACUUAAAGGGUGGCAGGUUUUGUGAUUCAUUAAAUGAUCAGGAAGGAAUUGUUAAUGGAAGGUCCAAAAGUUUGUUUAGAUCAAUGUUGGAUGGAAACUCUAUUUUCUCAAAGGAGAAGGCCAUAUCAUUCUGUAACACUGAAAAUUUAGUGGCCAAAAACAUGGAGACAGUUCAAUCCCAUUCUUUUCACCAUGUGCCAAGUGAGGUGUUGGAGACCGGCAGUUCAAAAAGGAAACACCAGCAAGCUGGUUCGUUUAAUAGUAAUGGAAAUGUAGAGGACUCUGCUGUUGAUGCUGCUAAAUGUUUUGCAAGAUCUUCUCAAAAUGCUGAGCCAUUAAAGGAACAAGAAUUGUCUAAUGUUUCUUCUGGAUGUUCUGCUCCUGUUGUUACUUGGGUGUCCAUUGAGGUUAACAAGAGAGAUUCCUCUACUAUUGAUACUGGGGAUGUCAGAUGUACAAACAAUAUUGUUGUAGAUGAAGGAUCAAGAAUCGACAAAAGCUGGUCCUCUGAUGACUCACUUGAUAGUGAACGAAGUGCUGACUUCUUUGGCUCUGCUCCUAGAAAGAGAUCUUCUCUUAGUCUCGUUGAAGAGCUUAGACUCCGGGAUUCACUAAAACUGAAAAAAGCACAAAAUGAAACCCAUGCUAGCUUCAGCACUCAAGAAGAGAGCGAGCACGUGCAAAAUUUUAAAAAAUCCAAAAAAAUGAAGAAAACAGUAAAAUGGAAGAGGUUGGAUGCAGCAUUUCCCGCCUCUGGUCAGUCUUCCAAUAAUGGAUCUUCAAAAUGCACUGAGGAUGUUGUGCAGAACUCCAAUUCAGCCUGGAAUAUGCAGGUGCCUCUUGGACAUGAACAAAAAGGUCCCAACAAUUGUGCAUGUUCUGUUGAACCAAGUAUUAAGCGGAGGAGGUCUAGAUGGCCUUCCUCCAAUUCAGUCUCCAACUAUGGAGACUUGUAUAGAGGUUAUCAAGUAAAGCAGAAAAUUGAGUCACAUAUACAUUCCAGAGUUGACGAUGAUACUUGUGAAUCUCCUGAAAUAUUAGGUAAGAAAAGGUUAAAAUUAGAUGGUGCUGCUGCAACUAGUAAAAACCUGUACAGAUCAUGUUGUGACAAUGCUGAAGUGACUGCAAAUUUCACAUCAGUAGAUUGUCUUAGUAAUUCUCUUGAUUUGCCUUUGGAUUUCUACAAAUGGAUGGCAAGACCAGUAGUUUUUGGGAAGUAUGGCAUUAUUUCUAAUGGAAAUUCAUCGAAACCAGCAAAAAUUGUACCCCUACGGAAGAUUCUCGAAACUGCAAGAAAAUAUGAUGACAAAAAUGUAAAGGCGAAAUCAACGUCAACUAAGAAGCUGAAGAGGAUGAGAAUUAGACUUGUGAAGGAAACAUUUAGAAAUAAGGAUGUACUGAAGAGUGAAUAUCAAGAUGCGUCGAAUGUGGAAAAGAGUGGAACCCACAAUGUGGUAACUGUUGAAUUCGAACCUCAUCAUUCUAUUGGGGAAACAGAGACAGCACCUCACUGUGCAAUCACUGGAAAUGAUGAAGUGUUACAUAUUUUAGAAAAGAGAAGGAAUGACAAUUGCAGCAAGAAUCAUUCCUUUCCUGACAGCAGCCCUACUGUUCAACUGAAGACAAAGUACAAGGAAGUUCGCAAGCGCAGCCUUUAUGAACUUAUAGUCCAAGGGAAGGAUUCUGAAGUUGCAAAUUCUUCUAUAAAGAAGAAUCCAGAAUGUUUAUUACAAACAUCCCACAGACGUGUGGGGGAGCUGAUGCGAAAUUCUGGGGACGAUAAAUUUCUCUAUAGUGAAAUGCAUAAUGCUAAGAGAUGCAGAAAGAAGCAGCUACAUGAAUCUACUCAGAAUUUGGAUGCUUUCUGUUGUGUUUGUGGAAGUUCAAACAAAAAUAAUUCUGACCAUUUACUAGAGUGUAACAGGUGCUUAAUCAAGGUGCAUCAAGCUUGCUAUGGCAUUUCGAAAGUCCCGAAAACUCAAUGGUACUGCAGACCAUGCAAGACAAAUUCGAAAAACAUUGCUUGUGUUCUCUGUGGAUAUGGGGAAGGGGCCAUGACUCAGGCUCUACAAAGUCAGAAUGUUGUGAAGAGCCUUCUGCAGGCUUGGAACGCUAUGUAUAAAUCCAAGAUUAACAUAACAAUGCCUACAGAUAAUUCAGCUUGUCAGUUGAGCACAAUGGCUUCUGGAAGUGAUUCGUUUCCUGUUAUGAGACUGGCAAACAUGGGGCCCUCUUCAGUAUCUGCUUCUGAUAUGAAUCUCUCGAAUCAUUUGGGCAUUGUUGACAAUUCAUCUUCUCCUUGUAACUUGAUGCUUCAGAACAGCAUCACAGCUGGUGUUCUUGACUCAACUGUAAAGCAGUGGGUCCACGUGGUUUGUGGGCUUUGGACACCAGGAACUCACUGUCCAAAUGUUGAUACUAUGAAUGCUUUUGAUGUUUCUGACGCUUUAUCUUCUAAAGAACAUGUGGUUUGCUCAAUAUGCAGCCGACCAGGUGGCUCUUGCAUACAAUGCCGGAUUUUGGAUUGUUCUGUUUGCUUCCAUCCAUGGUGUGCCCAUCAAAAGGGACUACUGCAAACUGAGGCUGAAGGUAAUGACGCUGAGAAUGCUGGCUUUUAUGGAAGAUGCAUGCUUCAUUCUACAAUCCAGCAGUUUAUUCCUGGCAGUUAUCCCAUUAACACCGAAAGUCUUCAUUCUAGAGAGAAGGGCUUAACCUCUGCUCGAACCGAGGGUUACAAGCAUCAAAAGCACAAAGGCUUUUGGCAUAAAUUUUCUCAAGAAUCUGAUGGAAAUGGUAGUUGCCACGUUCCUCAGGAGCAGCUUAAUGCUUGGGUGCAUAUAAAUAGACAAAAGCCACACAGAAAAGGGUUUUCAAAGCUUCCAUGUUCCAGAGUUGAGUCUGAUUAUCGGAAAGAAUAUGCUCGCUAUAAACAUUCAAAAGGUUGGAAAAAUUUGGUGGUAUACAAGUCAGACAUACAUGCUCUGGGUCUCUAUACAUCUCAGUUCAUCUCUCGGGGGGCAAUGGUCGUCGAAUACGUGGGUGAGAUAGUGGGGCUCCGCGUGGCAGACAAAAGAGAGCGAGAAUAUCAUUCUGGAAAGAAACUGCAGUACAAGAGUGCUUGCUAUUUCUUCAGGGUAGAUAAAGAACAUAUAAUUGAUGCCACCCGUAAAGGGGGGAUUGCCCGGUUUGUGAACCAUUCAUGUAAGCCAAACUGCGUUGCCAGAGUUGUUUCUGUGAGAAAUGAGAAGAAGGUUGUGUUUUUGGCUGAAAGAGACAUAUAUCCUGGAGAAGAGAUAACAUAUGAUUACCAUUUUAACCAUGAGGAUGAAGGUGAAAAAAUUCCAUGCUACUGUAACUCUAAGAAUUGCAGGCGUUACCUGAAUUGA